AUGCCCAAGUUUUUCCCUCCUCGCGGCCAGCGUAGAAACGUUGAGCCAUACGAUCGCACGCCACAAACCAGACUCGCCCGUCUCUGGACUAUAAACGAAAAGAUUAAGGACCUAAAGACGCAGCUCGACAUAAUCAAAGCCAGAGAGGAAAACUGGAAAGCCGAAUACGAUCUGAUUGAUGAAAUGGUGGAAGUCAUGCGCAAACACGUCAAGAGAUUGCUGGACGGAUUUGAGGACCGUGGGGAGGUCGGGCAGACGGAACUACUUCUUCGCUUGCAAAAGAUGAACCUACGAAAGUAA